AUGUACGAGUGUUUGGUUUGGAUAUUAAUUAAUCCAAUUUCCAACACACAGGAAAAUCAACUUGCGGUAAUAAAAAUAAAAGAAAAAAUAACUAGUCUUAAGAGACAACUUGAGGAGCUAGAGGAAAACGAGCAAGUUACAGGCAAUAAUUUAAAUAUUCAAGAUAAAGCUGUUGAGGAAAUCCAAAAACUUCCGCCACCAUCGAAGCUUGUGCACCAUUCGAAUUUAUCAAAAAAUCAAGUAAUAAUGAUGCACCAUCCACCAGACUGUGUUGGACGUCCAAUUCAUUUCUAUAACAAGGAAUUUAAUCAAUUCUUGAUUAAUUACAAUGACGAGGGUUUAAAAAUAACUCAUACACAUUGUAAAUGGACACUUAAUUUAAUUAACGAUAUGUCAAAACCAUAUAAAAUCGAAAAGAUACGCGAAGACAUAUUUCACAGUUAUGUGAUGAAACUUCUAGGAAAGAUGCCAAUAAAAUUAAAAAAUGAUGAUAACUCAAGUAACAAUGGUGUUAUUCUAGGAAACUCUCAAGAUAUAUGUUCACAAAGAUUGUUUCCCACAAUAAUAAUCAUUGAGGUUAAAAACGAAAUUGGUACGUCUGGAUAUGAUCCUUACCUUCAAGGUGCGGUGUCAUAUUCGAAGUUUUGGGCAGGAAAACAGGCAAGUUUGCUUUUAUCAAUAGUAUGUCAUAUAUUUAGGCAUACAUGUUUGAGUAAUUAA